GGGUGUACUAACGAUACUCGCAGUGAACAUCAUCUCGCGACCCCCUUUCGGCCUCUUUAAACGUGCUUCUCCACGUUUUUCGACUUUUCAUCCCAAACGUUUCGUGAGCAUGGAAACCACUGCAGAACUCAAAGAUGUUCUGCUUGUCGGAUUUGGUGCUGUCGGUGCGAUAUACUCUUUGAUAUUGAAGAGGAGCGGAAAGGCUCGUGUUACAGUGGUGGCGAGAAGUAACUACAGCACUAUUGAACGAGAGGGUAUGCACAUCAAGAGCGGAAAGUACGGCGACAUCCCCAGUUGGAGGCCGGACAGACUAUGCAAAUCCAUCUCGGACGCGCUCGACAGGCAAUACUCCUACGUAGUCGUCUGCUCAAAGUAUGUCCCAGAAGUCUCUCCCACGCCCGAAAUCUUGAAACCGCUCCUGCUCCCGCCUUACACCGAGACCUAUCCCCAGCCCACUUACGUGCUUUUGCAAAACGGGUUGAACGUCGAGAAAGACUUGUACUCGGCCCUUAAGACCGUGACCAAAGACACUGAAAAGCCGCGGAUUCUUAGCUCAGCGGUAUGGAUAGGCACGAAUCUCAUUGCAGAGAACGUCGUCCAGCACAACGACUUCGAUAGACUGGCUGUAGGCGUCUAUCGGCCCGGUGACACCACCACGACGGCCAACACGCUCGCUGAACAGUCCCUUCUGGACGACUUCGGCAGCCUCAUCAGCGCUGGAGGGGGAGUUGUGUCAGCCGUACCAGAGAUUCAGCGUGUCAAGUUCCACAAGAACUUCUGGAACCUCCUCUUCUGCUCCUACACUACCCUAACGCGAUCACCCGUCACCGCGAUUUUCCGCAGGCAGAACGUAGAGGGGACAAUUCCCGCACCAUACGUCGCGGACGUCACGGCGGACUUGGUUGAGAAGCACGUAGUCCCGAAUCUAUACGCAGUGCUGAAGGAGGCGCUGGCUGUGGGGCGCGCCAUGGGCUGGGACGAGGAGGCGCUGCCCGCGUCUUUGGUGGAGAGCACGAUCGCGAACACAAAGAGGCUGCAUAUGAUGCCGGACAACAAGCACAAGGCGAGUAUGCUCCUUGAUAUCGAACAAGGCAAGCCGCUUGAGGUCGAGGCGAUCGUUGGAGAGGUCGUGAGGAUGGCACAGGAGAAAGGCGUCGAUGUUCCGCGGAUUGAGACGCUGUACGCGCUACUGCUCAUUGUGCAGAACCAAAUUUUGCGCGUUCGGAGAGAACGCUGAUGCCGUGCUGCAGAGGUAGUAAUCAAUACCCUGUGUAAAGGGUGGAUUAGGUUGCGUGUGGUUGUGAACCCCCUCCCUUCCCCAGACCACAUGCAGGACUUGGUAAUCGAUUUGCUUGUACGUUACCCGCGGAGGGAAAUGAGCCAUACUCUGAAUUGGCA